CUCACUCCUUAUUUUAGAACCGCUUUUAAGUCGCAUAAUCACAUUUUACCAAAUGACUAAAUACAAUAAAUAAAGUUCAUCAUUUAACAAGAUAAAAUAUGGACUCUUCUUCUGUAAAAAAAAAAAAAGUUGAUUACAAAAUAAGAAACAGGCCAACACAGAUUUAAAAUCUGAAAACACGGAACAGAAUAAAACGUUUUAAAAGCCGGAAGUAUUUGGAAUAAAUCCAGCACGAGCGCUUUGAGCAGCAUAAUGAAGCUGUUUGAACGUUAACAGUUGAAUGUGAGAUUAAGUGAACAAAAUGACCGAUUCCAGUUACAUGAUCAGUCACAUCAUCACAUCAUCCUGCAGUUCAAAGAGUCAAAGGGUUCAAGAGGUCAAAUCAAAGCGUCUGACUUCACCCAUCACCUCCAUCAUUAGGCUCAUUAGCACAUUAAAGCGCCGUCAGGUGUUUGAUGGCGGCUUCAGACUUCGGUUUGAGUUUAAAACCGGACACCGGAGGACUCGGAGAGCUCAGAGGCCACAGCAGCAUCUCAUCUAAUCAUGGACGGAAGCAGAGUGUCGGACUUCAGCAUCGAGCGCAUCCUCUCCCCGCAGCUCGGACUCAAGCCGCCGGUGAUGGAGUGUUCACCGGACGGAUAUCUCCAGGGGCUCCCCGGCGGAUUCAGCCUGGACUCCGGGAACCGCAGACCUCCUGCGCCGGUCCCGAUCCCGGUCCCGGUGCCGAUGCCAGGCUGCCUGCAGUACCGAGGGAUGACACUUGGAGAGGCGUUUUACCCGCACGGAGCCGGUUUCCAUCACGCAGACUUCGGCAGCUCCGGGGUUUACGUGCACUUCAGCAGCCCGGACUCUGCAGAUGCCCAGUCUUUGGCGGGUUACCAUGGUUACCAUCAGGCCGGGGGGUGCGCGCAGUCGCGUCAGAAGGCCCGGAUGAGGACGGUGUUCACCGACAGUCAGACCAAGCGGCUCGAGGCGCUGUUCGAGCUCACCGACUACCCGGCGGCGCAGGCGCGCGCCGAGGUGGCGAGGAGCACCGGGCUGAGCGAGGAGACCGUCAGGGUGUGGUUUAAGAACCGCAGAGCCAGGAGGAAGCGGCACCGCAGCGGGUCAAAGGUCAAAUCCCCCUCCCGGCCCCCCAGCACCGGAGCAGAGAAGAAGCUCUUCACCUGCCCCCCCUGAACCCGACAGACGGUCCACCCUCCGCUCAGAGCUCAAGCUCAUCCCGUGCAGGGACGCUCCCUUCAGAGGUCAAAGGUCAAGGGCACUUCAGCAGGGCGGGGCUAACGCGAACAUCAGCAGCUGCCCAGAUGUGUGGUGAUGCAUUCAGAAGCUGCUGGGAAAGUCAGACACCUGAGACUUAACUAUGAAGAGUCGUUUGCCUUAAACUGCAGUUUAUUCUCUAAUGAGGAACUCGUAGUUCUCUAGUUAUAAAUUAAUUUGUAUUUCUAUGUAAUUUAUUGAAAUAGGUUUUUAACACAAGCACCAUUUGUAACCUCGACGGGUUUCGUUAAAAAAUAAAUUUUGUUUUCACGAUACGAAUUCAGUCCUGUGUUUUAUUUUUAUUUGUGUCUUUAUUAACUGUAUAAAUGAUGUUUCAGCAACAUUUAUUUGAACAGAAUCACUACACCACAGGAUUCACGAUGUACGUUGUACUGAAGCACACUGGGAAAACACUCAUUAUGCAGUCAUGUUAAAUCUAGUGCCAGAUCCAUUUUGAUAAAAACUAGUUUCUUCUUUCUUUAUUUUAUUUUUUGCAUUAUUAAAACUUGUGUUGAUGGGUUCUUUUUCUGCUUUUUGAAGAGGAAGGUGCACUCUGAAAACUGACCACUAGGUGUCAAUGUUAAACAUGUUCUGGGUUUGUUCACAGGCUUGAAACCAGCAGCAGUGGAAUUACAAGUAGAGUAUUUAAGUACAAGUUUGAGGUACACAUUUAAACUUUAUGUUACUUAAUACUUCCACGAUGAAGAGGAGGAGGAACGCACACCAGUGGUGUGGAGGAAGAUAGUUUCACACUCGUUGCCGCAUUGCAAAAUCUUUUAAUUAUUAUUUAUCGACGUUAAUACCUUAAUACUUCUACACCACUGCAUUGACAGAUACAGUUACUUUACAGAUUCAGAUUUACAGACGAUGGGCUUAUAAAACAUGUGGUAAUGUGAUAGAAAAAAAUCCAUUACAAGCUACAACCUUAAAAUGCUUACACAUUAAUGCAUCAGUAAUAAUAAUAUAACACUGAAAGGCUCCAGACCCUCAGAGGCUCACUGCAUGUCAGUCGCUCAGUUUGGUAAUUAGAUGAAUUUUCACCAAUAAGCAUGGCGGCCCUGCCUUUUGAUAGGAUGACCCUUUUCUUUACAUGUGGAUCAUGAACUGUGUCUUUAUGAUUUAGGCUGCAGGUUCAGUCAGAGCUUCGCUUACUUGGACGUAAAAAUAAAACACGUUUGAGUCUACAUAGGCUGCAGCGUUUCGUGCUUACAUUCCUUAUGUGCUUGACUUUUCUACAAAUAAUAUGUUUUCUGAAGCGAUACGGCACCGCGAGCGCAGCCUCAGUGUGUUUGAUCUGUCAGUGUCUGUCAGAGUCUUAAACUCUGUGCUUGCUCUCACAGUCCUCUAAUAGUUUGAAAAAAUAUUUUCUAAAAGAUAAGACAAUUUCACAAGUUGAAGGAAAUAUUUGCAUUAGUGGUAACGGCUUGCUACUUAAGAAAUCGGAAAGCUAUGGCAUUAGAGAGGUUAUCACAUGUCAAUCACAAUAGUGUAUAAAGUUGGAGUGCCUAGAAUCCGACUUCAUUAUAUAUUAUAUGUUUGUGUAAUUACAGAUCAAAAUAUAUUUCAAUUUCAAAACGUAACCUCCUAAAUGUUUUUUCUGUCAGUGAAAGCAAUGGACAGGAGAGGUAGAAAAACAACAUCAAAGUCUUUAUUAUAUUCAUAGAGUUGUCACUGUUAUUAUUAGAAGCACUUCCAUGCUGAUGAGAAGAAGAUACACAUAUUGAAAAAUCCAAAUCAGAAAAUACUGAGAGAGAAAGUUACAGAGAGAGAGAGAGAGAGAGAGAGAGCAUGCAGUGAGUAUCUGUUAGGACGAGGAUGCUCCUUCUCCUGUUUCCCCUUUAACGCCCGUGAGCUUCACACACUUUUAAAACAGGUGUUACUCACACACAUGGACUGUAACCAAGCACAAACACACACUACAAAACCGUUGAACAAAAAGUACACUUAGUGAAGUUAUCAAAAUAUAGGCUAUAUACUGUAUAUUUUUAAGACGUAUUAAUGUUAAAACAACCAGUGCUGAGUUAGUUUCGAUGAGAAUGAGUUCAACAUUAUAUUCUCAGACACAUACACCGAUCGAUUAUAGAGGAUUUAAAAGGACAAAACCAGCAUCAACUACAAAUCACAAAUACUUUACAUUCCUGCUGAUCAUUUUCCAAAUCAUCCAUCAGUUUUUGACUGAUUUCUUCCUUCCAGGCAGCGAUUCAAUUGACCACUUUUAUCUUGUGUGUACAAGAUAAAA